AUGAAAGCUGUGGAUGAAGCUCGAAAACGGUGGGAUUCCCUCUUCAACGCUAAUUCUUCGUUGGCCGAGCUUAAGCAAUCAUCGAGAAACAAAGAUGGCAGUAAUCCGUGUGAAGAUGGAUUAAGAUCGGUCGGAAAUCUGAACAGUGGCCAGGCGUUUCUCCUCCACCAAACCGUCGAUACCUCUUCAUGGCCCGGAAAGAUAUCUGAUUCGAGAGCAGCAUAUCUGUCCCUGCGAGAACACUUCCUAAAAUACAUUAACCAUCCAAAUGACCUGCCGUCUACAGCAGACCCAUUGGCGGAGGAUGAUGAGUCUCCGUGGCAAUCCCUGCGACGAGAUGAGGCGAUACGGGCGGAAAUACACCAGGAUGUGGAGAGGUGCAUGCAAGAGAACUAUUUCUUUCGAGAACCCACGACAAAAGCACGGAUGCUGGACAUACUGUUCGUAUAUACAAAAUUGAAUCCCGACCUUGGCUACCGACAAGGGAUGCACGAAUUGCUAGCACCUAUCUUGUGGGUUUUAGAACAUGAUGCAAUUAACAAGGAGUUAAUACAAACCACAACCCCUCCUGCUGAUGACGGAGACAUAAUGCUCCAAGUCCUUGAUUCGGAUUAUGUUGAACACGAUGCCUUCACUAUUUUCUGCGCCAUCAUGCAGACGGCAAAACUGUUUUACGAACAAGAGCCGAAAAGGUUCCCUGGGGGUCAAUCAGAUGUCUCACCCAUCGUUGCCCGGAGCCGGUAUAUACAUCAGGUUGUGCUCAGGGUGGUUGAUCUGGAGUUGGCAAAUCAUUUGCAGAGCACGGAUAUUCUUCCACAGAUAUUUUUAACCCGCUGGAUCCGCCUGUUAUUCGGGCGGGAAUUCCCAUUCAAAGAAGUACUUAGUAUUUGGGAUAUGUUAUUUGCUGAAAACAUGCGAAUUGAGCUCAUAGAUGCAAUAUGCGUCGCGAUGCUCCUACGGAUCAGGUGGCAAUUACUCGACGCGGAUUACUCUUCCUCCCUACGAUUGCUACUCCAAUAUCCGUCGCCAAUGCCCUAUAAACCAAUAACAUUUGUGGAAGAUGCUCUCUUUCUUGAGCAAAACCAAGACUGCGAAGGCGCAACAUUACUUAUACAGAAGUAUUCCGGCAAAACACCUGAUCCAAACAAGCAAUGGAAGCCACGAAGCUCUUUGACAGUCCCGCUAUUCACUCCUCGCAGGAAGAAGUCCACAAGCCGAGAGAGGGGUCCGGUGUCCAGCGGUAGUACGUCUCCGAGCGUUUCUUCCGUACGAAUUCACCAACGCCGUCUUGAUUCCUUAUUCCAGGACGUGUCGGAAGGGCUCCAUCGCCGGACAGAGGGAUGGGGCGUCACCAAUGCUGUCCGAGGCGCGAUGGUCGAAGCUAGACGGAAUAUACAAAGCAUCCAAUCCAGCGCAAGCACACCACAGCUCCUGCAGACUGAAAGCUCGAGCCGUGAAUCAACCGACUCGCCACCCAUGAACUUUGCGACGGAGCGUGAAUUGAAUGACAGGAUUUCUGCUCUUGAGAUCCGGAACCAGGCGUUAGCUAGAAUGCUAGGCAACGCCAUCAACGAGCUGCGCAUUCAACAGGAAGACCCAAGCAAAUCUACAACGGAAGCCAUGGAUCUUGCUCUGGCAAAAAUACAAUUUGUCCAGGUAUACCUGGAAGACCCCACAAUUCCCAUUCCUGAAGAGACAAAGCCAACCACGUGGGCGGCAGUGAGCGCCCAUUCAAGCGAGCCUGUUUUAGGAGAGCAUGUGAAGGUAGCAACAACGGCUUUGGCCAAAAAAGAAAGCAACCCUCCCAACGGUGAGCAGAGGCCAGAAAAGAAAUCACCUCUCCAUCCUUUUACUGAAACAAGAGUCUCUGAAGUUGAAAAUAUGUCGAAACCGGUAUCUUUUCGAUCCCCUCCUACAAUGCGUGCGCCACUUUCAGAGUCCUCAUUUUCGUGGAUGUUGGGUGAUGACAAGCUGCGUUCUGGGUUAAUCACAUCCGUGUUGCCUCCUCCGGAGCAGAACCGCAAUUCGGCCACGCUCUUCGGCGACGCUCGGGGUGAUGGGAAGAAGAACGUGACUGGAGAUGAAGAAGAGGGUGUACUCCUUAAUCGAUUACGCCGGGGGCCAGAAAAGCCCCGAUAA